AUGAAUGAGAUCAAGCUACCGGAGGAGUGGGAGACGCUCUGCAGCACUGAUCAUGCUGAGGUAAUCCACGCCUGUAUCAAUGGUAUUUUUCGGCGACUUUUGGCCAACUUGCUCUUGGACUUUAACAAUCCCAAGUUCCGUCAAGUAAAGAAAAAUAACAAAGCCCUUCGCCACCUCGCACAGUCACUACCAGACCGCUUCGUUGAAUUUCUCUUCUCGAGCAUUGGUUUCGUCCAGCAAGACGAUACUUUUAUCUUUGAGGGUUCACCAGAUUCGCUCAUGCAUGGCGACGCAGUUUUUUCGCACAUCGAGCACUGCAUCGACAAGAACAAGAUGCAGGCUGUCGAAUGUGACCUCCAUCGCCUGAGACAUUUAGCGGUCAAAAAGGUCACAAAUAGUCCAAUGUCAAUAGACAUGGUGCCCACUCGUGUACGACUUGCAAAAGAGCCAACUCUCCCUGAGAAAGAAAAAGUGAAGCUCCAAGCUCAAUGUAGCGGCACUCAGGAAGAUAUGGCGGAAGAACAAGUAGUCAAGGAAGCUGUGCGCAAGACGCUACUCAAUACCGGACGUGUGAGAAACAGCUUUUUUGAGGCACGUGACUUCAGUGCCCGUAUCAUGCAACACGGCCGCGUCUACGCCUGCACAGAAAAGUGCCCGGAUCACUGCAUCGAGGCACAUUGGCAUCUUUUGACUGGGAGGAAUAUCCUAUAUUCCUAUAUUGCCCACCUUUCUGCUGAUGGCUCGCAACUCCUGCAUCUAGGCCCCGAGCACGGAUACCAAUACAACAGCCUUCCUGGAGCAGCAAACUUUGGCAAGAUGAUCCGCUUCAGCGAGAAGCUAGUUGACGAAAAUGGAAGGCUAGUGUACAUCAAAACUGAUGACAAGCCCGUCAAAACGUGCAUCUACUGUGGUCGCGUGUUUGCCCAACUCCUACUGUAG